AUCAGAAAUUAAUUUGCCUGAAAGACAACUAUGUGCCUUUAGUUUAGGAUUAGUUUAAACAACAAUGUGCGUGACGGAAAUCGUAAGUUUUCACUUUGUAGAUAUACCUUUAUUUACUUUACAUAGUUCUUUAUUUCUUUAUUUUAGAGUGCACACCAAAUUACAUAAAUCUAACAAUUAGUGACGACCUUCCGAAAGGCGACAGCUCAACGAAAAUUAGUUUCUUUUGCAACAACUGGAUCAACAUAAGCGUGUAUUUUCGGUUAGACAUCACAUAUAACGAACACAGAUACUUUAUGAUAGAAAACGUGAAAUCUGGAAAUUUAAACUACCUUGUAUUAACAAUAAAAGAUGCACCAUAUAAAGGUAGUUGGAAUACAACUGUCAGUGUACUGAAAGAGCCAUACAGAAAUGAAACGCUAAAUAUAGUUCCAAUCAGAAUAGAUGUGAAAGAAGUGAAUGACCGACCAAUUAUUCUUCCGGAAUACAUUAUAACGGACGUACCUGAAGAUGUCCCAGUCGGCACCAUAGUAGCCAACCUCUCAUUGACUGACCCGGAUGAUGGAAAAUUCGGAGAUUUACAGAUUAAUUUAGAAAGUCACACAGAUAUAGACGUUAAUGGAUUGUUUGAAGUAGAAAGAAUAUCAAAGGAUACUAUCCACAUCAAGACAGCAUCAGUGCUGGAUGCGGAUAAAUUCUGGGACAGUGUAGCCACUAACAUUGACAAUCCACGUGGACCUACUUUGCUUUUUGAUGUUUUGUAUCUACACAUUUCUCAUAUUGUCUUAUUUGCUUUGAUACAGACUUUCAUAGAACAAAUUUAA